GUUUAGAAUGCAACAUACAGAACGACAAAAACGUGAACAUAGUUUUGUCACUGAUAAAAUGUUCUACGAGGCGUAAUGUAACGAACAAAAGGGUGAUAUCCGUAAAGGCCACAAAAUCUAAAGAUGUUGUUCUCAUUCUUAAUACUGAUGAACACGACCAAGCUGCCGUGGCGAUGUUGGUUGUAAUGGUCUGUGCACGUCGUGUAGCCGCACCGCCAUCUCUACGAAGUAGGUAAGGGACUAAGGGUUAGCCUAACCAGAAAGAUGCAACAAAAAUAUCAAGUCCCUUCUGCAGCUGAAGAUCAUCAUCGAGGACAGCCACGCUUUCGCCAGGACGACGCGCCAUCGCCCAACAAGAAAAGCGGCGCAGAACUAAGAGCGGAGACGCGAGCCGUCGACACGGAACUUGAAAGGAGCGUCGCAAAUUUUCGUUCAAGGCUGGACGCGAUGUGCCAGGAAGUGGAGUACCGACUGGGCGUAAUCGGCGGUGAUCCGAAGGGGCGAGAGCGGGCUCUCCAUAAGCUAAAUGUCGAAGAUCCGGAGGCAAGACGGGAAGGUAGACGACAGCUGGCCGCCCUGAGGAAAGAUUUUCUGCCAGAUGCAAGAGACCAAAAUGUUACCAGUGCCGAUGCCGAAACAAGUGCAGAUGCGAGAUCUGGAACGAGAUCACAGCAGCAGAGUGGCGAUGUGAAGACGAGUGAUUUACUGCGCAAGCGACUGUACGAUAUCGAUGACUUCAUUGGGGAAGCAGGACUUCAUGACACGAAGAAAUCGAGCACCACGAGGACGACGCGAGAAAACGAAAAGCACCCCUUGUUGCACGAGUUUCGCACAACCUCCGCGGCUGCCCCUCGUCAGACUCCUUUUGCCGCUGAGGUAGCAGAUGUUUUCAAAACUGGAGAUCAUCGUAAAAAUCUAGCAUCGUCUACUAGUACCUUGCAGCAAGAACAACCGCUGAAGAAUCAAGAGGAUUUGCUGGUAGUACGCGGAGACCUGCGGACUUUUCGGCGUUUUUAUGAGGCGAAGUAUCGAAUUCCAGACAAGAUCGCGGAAAUCGACUCUCACCUGAAGAACAUCGACUUGUUUGAGCGCGAACUUGAGAUAUUCAAAGAAGUGCUUGCCGAUCAGGCAGCGAGGCGCGCUGAAAGCGAUUCUCAAUCCUCGUCCUCUUCUGAGUCUCCUGGAGCUAGAGGCAUCACGAAGACUGCAAGAAAGCCACCGCAUCGAUUGCUGCGUCCGCGCAAGAAGGCUGAAUCGACAUCGUCUCAGAGCGGUUGCGGGAGCAGAAGUAGCAGAGGUACGAGUGAGAGCGGAAGCAGUAGAAGCGAUGGUGAACAAAUUGAAAAGGAUAGAAGAAGUAGAAGGAAAGGGGGAAGAAAAAAUGACCACGCAGGCCGUAGAAAGCGGCGUCGUGAUAAGAACGCACAGCGGGGCUCCAGGUGCAGGGGCUCGUCGAACAGUUCUUCCAGUUCCUCGAACAGGAGCAGCACGUCUGAAGAUGAUGACGCUGCAUCUCUCGCAGAGAGUUUCACCGAUCCAUCAUCUAUAUGGUCGCACCACAACGAGAAGGCACUUCCACCCUCCUCAGCUGAACGACGAUCGCGAGAAGACAGAGCUUUCUGGGAAGAGCGCAAACGGAAGACGAGUCGUGGAAAACAGGCAACGUCGAAAUCGAAGCCAGAUGAGCGUCCAUACCGUUUGCAAAUGAUCGAGGCACUUGAAGCGCACUACCAGAAUCUGGAUGAGCGGGAUGCCCUGGAAGCAUUAAAAUCUUUGAAGAAGGCAAAAGAACCAGAGGCCUCAAUAAAGGCCGC